GGGGUGCUGCAGCUCCGCGGGCGGCUCCGCGCCGGGCGCCGCUACGUGCUGCAGCUGGGCUUCCAGGGCCGGCUGGAGGAGGACCUCGACGGGCUCUUCCUCACCCGCUACACCGACCGCGGGCAGAGCAGCAUGCUCAUUGCCUCCCAAAUGGAACCAACGUAUGCCAGGAGAGUUUACCCAUGUUUUGAUGAACCUGCCAUGAAGGCCACAUUUAAUAUCAGAAUUAUCCAUGACCCAAGCUAUGUGGCUCUUUCCAACAUGCCUGCUAUUGAUGUGUCUGAAGUGAAGGAUGAAAAUGGAAGCCUGUGGACAGUUACCACAUUUAACACCUCACUGAAAAUGUCAACUUACUUGACUGCUUUUGUGAUUUGUGAUUUCGAUUAUGUCAGCAGAACUGAGCGGGGAAAUGAGAUACGUAUUUGGGCUCGGAAGGAGGCAAUUAAAAAUGGGUAUGUUGACUAUGCUUUAAAUAUCACGGGCCCAAUAUUUUCAUUUCUGGAAGACAUACUGAAUGUCAGCUACCCUCUGCCAAAGACAGAUCUGGUCGCACUGCCUGAUUUUGGAGCAGGUGGUAUGGAAAACUGGGGGCUAAUGAUUUUCCAAGAAGCAGCAUUGAUGAACCUCCCAAGCGAUGAAUUCACAAGCAAGAAGGCAAUUAUUGCCUUAAUAGUGUCACAUGAACUAGGACACCAGUGGUUUGGAAAUCUGGUUACAAUGAACUGGUGGAAUGAUCUGUGGCUUAACGAGGGCCUGGCAUCUUACUUUGAAUACCUGGGAGCUACCUUUGUGGAGCCCAAACUUUCACUGGAUAAAAUCUUUUAUGCUCAUGUUGUACAACCUGUCUUAAGGGAAGACAGUGAAAUAGCUCGAUCACUGUCGGAGAGUGAAGACAAGAUCAAAGGAUCAUUUUCUUUAAUGUCUCUGUUUGACAACAUCACAUACAGCAAGGGGGCUGCUAUAACCUGGAUGCUUUCUAGUUUCCUGACUGAAAAGUUGUUUGUCAGAGCACUUGCUUCGUAUCUGAAAGAAUUUUCCUUCUCAAAUGCUAAUCAAGAUGAUCUCUGGACCCACAUCCAGAUGGUCGUAGAUGCACAGGAUGAAGUUCAGUUGCCAGCACCUGUAAAGCAAAUAAUGGAUUCCUGGACAUGCCAAAAUGGCUUUCCAGUCUUAACAUUAAAUCUGACUACUGGAACAGUCAGACAGGAACAAUUUUUUAAUAAAAACAAUAGAAAGAGUACUGACUCUUACAAUAACACCUGGAUUAUUCCUAUUUCUUGGAUGAGAAAUGGAUCAUCACAACCCUUAACCUGGCUAGAUACAAGCAGCAAAAUGUUUCCUGAAAUGCAAGUGUCAGAAUCAGAAUAUGACUGGAUCUUGCUAAAUGUAAAUUUAAGUGGAUACUACAGAGUGAACUAUGACCAAUUAAAUUUGAAGAGAUUAGCACACUUGCUUGAAAAUGAUCCAAAGGCUAUUCCCGCUGUCAGCAGGUUCCAACUGAUAGAUGAUGUUUUUGCAUUGACAGAAUUCGGAUAUGUUCCAAUUGAAACAGCACUUGAACUAACGAAAUACCUUGCCAGAGAAGAUGAACUCUUCAUAUGGAAUAUGGUAUUGUUAAAUCUAAUACCUGAUAAUUUCGAAAGUACACUGAAGAACCAUGAAGUAUAUCCACUUUUAAAGAAAUACCUUUUAAAGAGAAUGUUGCCAAUAUACCAUUAUUAUGCAGGUUUUAUCCGUCAAAAUGUUGAUGCUUUGGAAGAUGAUUUUUUUGCUCAAAUGUAUUUGGAAAAACUCAUGGCAACAGCGUGCUGGCUGGGCCUCCAAGACUGUUUGGACCUGUCAUCUGAACUGUUUGCUAAGUGGAGGGACAACCCUGAGUACAAAAUUCCCUUUUUAGUUAGAAGAACAGUUUGCUGCUAUGGUGUUGCAGUGGGAACUGAUAAAGAAUGGAAUUUUGCCUGGGAAAUGUACAACCAUACUGACUCCAUUGAGGAAGAUGAAGACAUUCUGCUCUAUGCCUUGAGCUGUACCAAAGAGCCAUGGUUACUUCACAGAUACCUGCAAUAUGGACUCAGUGACACAUUAUUUUCUUCCAAUUGUACUUCAGUCAUCAUCUCACAUGUAAUGACUAAGGAUAUUGGGCACCGUAUAGCCUGGGAAUUUGUUACAGAAAAUUGGCCACUUUUAAGUCAAGGAUAUGGGCAUGAAUUAUUGCAUGAUGUACUAAAAGUCAUGGGAAGAUUUGUCAAAACAGAUGUACAGAUCCAAGAGCUGCAGGUUUUCUAUAAUGCCACUUUGGAAGAGGAUGAGAGAGAGGCCAUUACUACGCUACUGGAAUCUGCAAAACAUGAAAAUGUUGAAAGGAGAAAACUACUAAUCAAAGUUGCCAGCUGGUUAGAGAAAAAUGUAGAUGACUGACUUGGAAAACCAUUUCCAGUAUAUUACAUGUGAUUCACUGUCAUAUCGAUAUUCACUAUAAGCUGUAAUUAAAG